AUGUUGAAACGCGGAGGACUCAACAUCCGACAGUGGGUGUCCAACCAUCCGCGACUCCUCAGCGGACUCUCCGCAUCGCAAAUCCACCCGAAGGUUUUUGGCGAUCCAACAAUAAAAACCCUCGGAAUAUCGUGGGACUCACGCCGCGAUAGCAUUAUCUAUGCAGUCGACUCGAACCCCAACCGAAGGGUCACGAAACGCACCGUUCUGUCCGUAAUCGCGAAAAUUUUCGACCCAUUGGGACUGCUCGCGCCGGUCAUCGUCACCGCAAAAAUCCUGAUGCAGCGAUUGUGGCAACUGCAGUUAGACUGGGACGAGUCACUCCCAGCUCUUUUUCAUACGGAGUGGACUACGUACGUCAAAGAAUUGCCGCGGUUGGAGCAUGUUCGGUUUGAGCGACACGUGUCUCAACGCGCGGCUAGACGUAUCGAGCUCCAUGGGUUCUGCGACGCGAGCGAACGAGCCUAUGGAGCUUGCAUUUACAUCCGCACAAUAGAUUCCGCGGAAAACAUCAAAUCUCAAUUGUUGUGCGCAAAAUCUCGAGUCGCACCGUUAAAGACCGCCACUCUCGCUCGUCUAGAACUAUGCGGUGCCGUCCUUCUCGCAUCACUCUACACGACCGUACGCGACGCACUUACUUACCGACUCGACAAAACAUACUUUUGGACUGACUCGACAAUCGUAUUAAAUUGGUUACAAAAGGAACCGAAUACAUUAAAAACCUUUGUAGCCAAUCGCGUGGCAGACAUACAAACAAAAACCGAUAUUACCGCGUGGAAUCACGUACGGUCGAACGACAAUCCGGCAGACUUGGUUUCGCGCGGACAGACACCAUCGCAAUUCCUCCUUGACUCGAUUUGGCGCCAUGGGCCUACUUGGCUCAGCCACCACCGCUCGACUUGGCCAGAAUCCGGAUUCGUCCCCUCAGCGGAGGUGCCUGAUUCGCGAACGGUUGCUUGUUUCGUGACACCCAGCGUGCAGGGUGACGAGAUCCUGCAUAGAUAUUCGUGCAUAAAACGGCUUCGACGGAUAGUCGCCUACUGCCUGCGGUUCAAAAGAGCUUAUCGCGUAGCCGGACCGCUAUCAGUCGAGGAAAUCCGUCGAGCCAAUGAACGAAUCCUGAAAAUCGCGCAGGCCUCGGCAUUCGCGGCAGACAUACAUCGCCUCGAGUCCGAUCGCGACCUAGAGGCGAAGAGCAAAUUACUACCGUUACACCCGUUUCGCGACAAGAAAGGAAUUCUUCGGGUCGGAGGCCGAUUACAGAAUUCCGAUCUUCCUUUCGAGCAAAAACACCCGGUAUUGCUGCCCAAAGGUCAUCAUGUAACCGACCUCAUCGUGCGCCAAGCCCAUCUCGACGGCCAUCAUUCGGGGAUCAAUUCCACCUUAUACAACAUUAGACAACACUACUGGCCCAUCGACGGGAAAAACAGGGUCCGGAAAACUGUUCGACGGUGUGUCAAGUGUUUCCGGGUAAACCCUCCACCAAUCGACUACCUGAUGGGCAAUUUACCCACCGCGCGUGUGACGGAGAAUCGCCCAUUUUACAAUAGCGGGAUCGACUAUUGUGGCCCCUUCACGAUCGAGGAGCGCCGCUACAGAAAUCGGGCACGCGUUAAAAUAUACGUCGCGGUGUUCGUUUGUUUUGCGACGAAAGCCGUCCAUCUUGAAGUAGUCAGCGAUUUGACUACAGAAGCAUUUAUGGCCGCCUUAAAACGUUUCAUCGCGCGACGUGGCCUUUGUCGGAACCUUUAUUCCGACAACGGCACAAAUUUCGUAGGUGCCAACAAUGAAAUAACCGAGGUCUACCGAGAUCUCCAAAAGAGCGAAAGGGUACAACGUUUCCUCGCGGACAAGGAGAUAUCGUGGCACUUCAUGCCAGCCCUUUCGCCCCAUUUCGGGGGUCUCUGGGAGGCCGCGGUUAAGUCAUUUAAACACCACCUGAAGCGCGUCGUGGGUGAGGAACUGUUCACGUUCGAACAGUUUAACACGUUCGUCAUCGAGAUCGAAGCGAUAUUGAACUCCCGUCCAUUAACCCCACUUUCCUCCGAUCCGAACGAUCCCUCCGCAUUGUCUCCUGCCCACUUUUUGAUUGGCAAUUCAUUAACGAGCAUGCCAGAGACAGAUUUCAAGGACACGGCUACCAACCGCCUGUCCCACUGGCAGCACAUUCAAAAGGUACCCACAAAUGGUGCUUCAAACAGUCCGAUAUAUGUUUAUACCAGUGAGAGGUAUACUACUGCACGCAUAGAAGUUGUACCCAGCCCGUCGCAGAUUUUAAAAGAAUAG